ACUUUCUGGUAAGUUUAUCGCAAGAUGUCGGGGGAUGUUUUGCGCGACGAGCCGCUACUAUGCUCUCGGUCGAAAUGACUUGCUUAUCGUGGCGAGAUGUUGUAAAAUCCCGUCUUAAAUUUAGUUCAAAAGUAUUUUAAACAUCAGACAAGUGUUGUUUAGUGUUAUCUAAAUAUUAUCCAGUGAGUAUCGUGUUUGUAAAGUCACGAAGUAAAAACCAGUACACAAAGGAUCUCGUGCAGUGAUUGGUCUGGCAGGUUCUACGUCUCAUUGAUAAACUUUUGUCUCUUUAUCUAUUAAUUUUACUACGUUGAUUAUACUACUGCGGAAUUUCUUCAAGCCGGCAAAGUCUUAGAAAAACGCUAAAAUACUCCCCCGAACCAAAUUUCUCACGAUUCCAACGAAAACGCGUUUCAAAGCCGAUAAAGAAUGGGUGCAAAAGCCAGCACAGUCGCACAGUCUGGGAAUGGGCAAUCCUCGGGAGCCAACGAAAUGCAGGGGUUCUCAAUACUCCGUUCGUUGCCCGGGGUCAUACAGCAGAGUCAAUCACAGGCGUCGCGGGGCGACAGCAGACAAAGGGCCAGGUCGUUGAGUUCAGUACCAGAUUUAACCUCCGGGGAACAAGGGAUGGCCUCCUCGGUUGGCGUGAGCGUCGGCCAGGCGCUGGGGAUUCCGCAGCUCGACUCCGACGAUACGGACGACGACAGCGGUCGGGUUUACGCCGCUCAUAGUCUACCCUCUCACAUUUGGUCCCUAAACGGUUUAAAGUGUCCUGUAUGCUCCAAGUUCAUCCUUCCCGAUGAUAUAGAGUGCCACCUGGUCAUGUGCCUAACCAAACCUCGCCUAAACUACAAUGAGGACGUUUUGGCAGAUCAAAAAGGUGAAUGUGUUAUUUGCCUGGAGGAGUUACAGCCUGGAGAUGUAAUCGCCCGUUUGCCUUGCCUAUGCAUAUAUCAUAAAAACUGCAUCGACAGAUGGUUUCAAGUGAAUCGCAGCUGUCCCGAACAUCCCGGUGACUGAUUCGCACUGGUGAAGUUUCGAGGUAAAAAAUCAUUGGAACAAUUUGUGUCCCAUGGGACACUUGCCAAAGGGAUGAAGUAGAGAUGUUGCAAACGAAGAAUUGAACAGGAAGAAAUUAUAAAUAAAUAAAUAAUGAAUUUAAAAAAAACUAGUCAAGGUGACCGCUAGUCCGCAAUGGUGGUUCGUGUAUGGUGAAUGGUGAAUGGUGAAUGGUGAUCGGUCGACUUAAGAAAGCGCAAUUGAAUUGAACAUAAGGACAAAAUAAUUGAAUUCUUAGUUGGUUAUUGAUAGACUAAAGGGACUUAUAAAUCGCCAUAAGAUUCAACGAUACAAUGCUAUUACCUAUACGUAUCUAUAAUUAAUCGAUUAUUACUCUAUUGCUUAUUACCCAUUGUACCAUAUUUAUAAAUUUUACUUAGUUUUAUCUCUUGAAAUCUAUUUGAAUUUAAGUAAAGCGUUCUUUGGAGAAGGCCGUGCAGUGGCAGGGGUAAUAGAGGGAAAGGGGAGCAAGACGACGAUUAAAGGGAGGGAGACACGACCUAUAUACAUAUAACAGGUGAGAUCUACCUUGUAUGAAUAAGUUGAAAUCUGCUUUUAAUGAUUUUUAUUAAUGUAAGAUGAUAAAUGUAUUGUUUUUUUGUUGUUUGUUGAGGGAUGUGCACUAGAAAGGAUAUUUUUGAUACUUUCAUAAAGGGAAGAAGGAACAGGAUGUAUAGAAUUUUAAAAAGCAGAGGACUUAUCUUAACAAUGUUGACGCUAUAGCAAAAAUGUAAUAAAGGGUCUGAAUCAA